AUGUCAAGAGCCAAAGAGGUUAUCACAUGCAAAGCUGCAAUAUGCUGGGGUGUAGGAAAGCCAGUGACAGUGGAAGAGAUACAAGUGGAACCACCUAAAGCAACAGAAGUUCGAGUUAAGAUGUUGUGGUCUAGUAUCUGCCAUACAGACAUCUCAAGCCUUCAAGGAUUCCCACAUAAUCAAUUUCCUCUGGCACUUGGACACGAAGGAAUUGGGGUUGUAGAAAGUGUUGGUGAUGAAAUAACAAAUCUAAAGGAAGGUGAUUUGAUAAUUCCAACAUACAUAGGGGAGUGUGAAGAAUGUGAGAACUGCGUUUCAGGAAAAACCAAUUUGUGUUUGACACAUCCUUUAAGAUUGAAUGGUCUAAUGCCGGAUAACACAUCAAGGUUGUCGGUACGAGGCCAAACACUGUAUCAUGUUUUGAGUUGUGCUACAUGGUCGGAGUAUGUGGUUGUUGAUGUCAACUACCUUCUCAAAGUUGAUCCAACCAUAAACUUAGCUCAUGCUUGUUUCAUCUCAUGUGGUUUUUCAACCGGUUAUGGAGCUUGUUGGAAGGAAGCCGUCGUUGAAACCGGUUCAACCGUAGCUGUUUUUGGUCUUGGGGCUGUUGGAUUAGGAGCCAUAAGUGCGGCCAAGAUGAUGGGAGCAAGUAAGAUAAUUGGAGUUGACAAAAAUGAGAUGAAGAAAGAAAAAGGAGAGGCUUUUGGAAUGACACACUUUAUAAAUACUAAUGUUUCUGAUAAAUCUACUUCUGAUUUGGUUAAAGAGUUAACCGGAAUGGGUGUAGAUUACUGUAUUGAAUGUACUGGUGCUCCUUCUAUGUUUACCGAAUCUGUGGAAGCCACAAAAAUGGGAACAGGUAAAACAAUUGCAGUUGGUAUAGCAGCUGAACCUGUUGUGCCGUUUGGACUUCAUGCCAUCAUGUCUGGUAGAACCUUAAAAGGUUCUGUUUUUGGAGGUAUAAAAGCUAAAUCUGUUCUUUCCAUCAUUGCUCAUAAAUGUCAAAAACAGGAAAUCCCUCUUGAAGAACUUUUCACACAUGAGGUUCCUUUGAUUGACAUAAACAAAGCAUUUGAGAUACUGAAACAGCUCGAUUGUGUGAAAGUUGUUAUCAAGAUGUAA